UGUGGUUCCUCUCCUACUAAAGUCCUACCCCCACUGAAUAUUCAUGUUACCCAGCCUGGGACAGAAGUGGGGCAAUGCAUUAUACAAGUAACAUACAUACCGGUUCUCAAAGUUGCAAAACAAGUUGUGACAGAGCAAAGUUUGUCAGAAGAGAAAGUGAUACAAUAUUAUAUAUACACCCAGGUCCCAGGGAGGUUCUGAUCAGCCAGCCAGAGACAUAGCAAUGCAGGCAGCCCAGGACUGAGCCCAGACCAGUGAUCCCAGCAGCACUGGAAGCACAGUACAGUAUUUACUCACAUAACCCAUGGGUCUUAAGGAUUGGCUGUGCGCCUUCUGUUGUGUCAAAGUGGGGUGCCUGGACUAUCCCAAAAACGAGAAGCAGCCUUUAGUCAACAACAACAACCAUAUACAGAAUUAUUCCGUGAUCCAUGACGAUGAGCGAAACCUAUGGAGCUCCCCUCAUGACUUGUCACAUACAGAGGCUGUGGACGAUCGGCUGUUGCACACGUGGAUUCAGACCAGGCGCCAACUGGAAAAAGACUCUGAGGAAUGGCAAAAACUGAACUAUGAAAUCUACACCCUGAGGCAGGCAAGGCGAGAAGUGAGAGCAAGGUGGAGGCGUAUCUUGGAAGACCUAGGUUUUCAAAAAGAAGCAGAAUCCCUUCUGUCUGUUUCAAAGCAAAGCACGAUCAGUAACCCUAAGAACAUGAAGAAGGCAAUGGAUCUGCUUCUUCGGCUCACAGACGAUACAACCAUCUUCCCUGCGGGGUGGGACCUUCCAGAGCGAUACCUUUAUAUAAUGGACCGGCUGAUCUGUCUUGAUGCAGUGGAUGACUUCUUCAACAUAGCUCACAAGAAAUACCCCAAAACACACAUGGAAACAGACUCUAAGCUGAAAAAAUGAUCAUCUUCUUCUUUUUUUUUUUUUUUUAUAUAUAAAUUAUUUCCUUCCAGCUGGGCUGCUAGCUCUGUUUCCAACUUGUCAACAUCUUUUUAACUUGUCUUAGCUGUGAGUGAUUAUACAACAGAAACGUUGACUUUCCGUCUGGUUAUCACACGAGUGUCACUCAAAGAACGUAAAAUGAUACAAUAAUCUACUAGAAGUUAGAAAAUAUUAAACCCUGGAUUUAAUGCAUCUGUCUAACCACUAAAACAUCAUAAAGGUUCUUCCUUGGAAUAACACACUUCCCCCGACUCUAGAACUGUUUGGUAGACUUCUCUCUAACGUAUACAUAACUUCCAUGGACUUAUUGUUUCUUAAACUCAAGAUCUUGCAAUUUUCUGGAAUGAUGUAUUGCAAGUUGUACGAUACAAAAAAGAAGUCAAUAUGUUAAAUAGCUAGAUACAGUAUAGAACCAAGACUCUAAAAAUGUGCAUUUUAAAGCUGAUAUUAAAUGUUCUGGGUGUAUCUUCUGCCUAUGAAAAUAGUUCAAGGCAUCAGAAGAGUAACGGGGUUCCUAGAAGGCUAAUGCUUUUUAUGUAUAGAUUGCAGUUAUGAAAUAGUGGGGUCUAUUUACUAUGCCUUGGCUGAAGAUAAAGUGGACGGAGAUAAAGUACAAGCCAACCAGCUCCUAACUCUCACGUUACACGCUGGGUUUAAAAACUGACAGUUAGGAGCUGAUUGGCUGGUACAUUAUAUCCAUCCUAGGCUUGGUAAACAGACCCCAGUGUCUCUGUUUGUUGUGGGGGCAUCACUAAGAGUUGGUGCUAGAGAAAAUGUGAUCUACUGUAGAAUUGUACAGAGACCUUUUUAACGUUCAGGUGAUCCAAUUUGUGCAAUUUAUCAAUAUUGAGAAUGAAGUCUGCUUAACAGAAACUAGCUGUGAAGUGCCUCUGUGGUGUUCUAGUGAGAUGAUUGAAUGCAUGCUCAUGAAUAUGGGUUCAUUGCACAAAGUGGAUGCCACCGUUCUGUAUAGUCAGCAGGUGGUCUUUAAAAGUUGCAGUGAAACAGAUAACGUUUAAGGGCAAUGACGCAUCUAGCCCUUAAAUGUGCAAUGCUGUUUAUAUAGUUACAUAUUUUUCCAUUGCAUCACGCGUUUCGCCACUCGCAAUGUGAGAAAAUGGAGUGCUGUUAAACCUAAAGGAUAUGUCUCCUGUCUUCAGAGUGGCUGAAUCGAUUACACCUUCUUUUAACUAUUUAUUAUAUUAAGUCAAAAUACAUAUAUUGGGGGAGAUUCAAAUGUUUGAAAAGUCAGUUGGGAGUCUUUUUUUUCCUAUCUAAUAGACAGGAAAAAACAGACACCCAACUGACUUUUCAAACAUUUGAAUCUCCCCCAAUGUAUUUACUUAAUCUGUUUUAUGUUUAGCUUUCAGAAUGAUAAAGAUGUAAUAAAAUAUGGCUUUGGGGUGGCAAUCGCCACCUUAUAUAUAUGGAAAAGUCUUCAGGUAUAGACUUAACUAUUAUGUGAGUCAUUGUGCUAUUUGUUAUGGAUGCAAACGUCUGUAAAGCUAGAUGCAGAGUCUGAAAGAGCAGCCACAGCCAGCAAUGUACAAUGCUGAAGGAGGAUUCAUUAUUGUGAUUUUAUAAAUAUCAGCUUAAUUACUGAAUACAUUUGUAAAACCAUUGUAAAUAAAUAUAAUUGUAUGUUCCAGGAUAAUAUUGCAGAGAUUAUAGUUACCAGUUGUUCAGGACAUAAAAUAUUGUAUAUUUAUUAAAUGAAAAUGGAUAAUUGUAUUCGCCAGAGAGCCAGAUCAUUGGAAAUUGUAAGAAGUUAUUGCUCUGUUUAUUUUCUGUGUCUGGGUCCGCUUAUAGGUGCCACAUCUCUAAUAAACCACUUGUGUUUACAGGAA